UUCUAGUCGGCGCCGGGCCCCCGCCGGGUGAGGAGGCAGGUAACGCGGGGCUGGAGCAGGCUGAAUGUGAUUCACCCAAGGUCACCCAGCUGGCUUUGGACUGAAGGCAGACUAGAACUCAAGAGUUUUCUGGUUUCUAGCAUGGUGCCAUAACCACUACACCAGUGACUGAAAUCUGGAUUUGCUGCAAAACUGAAAACAGGCAUUGUUGAUGGCUUAGGAGAUACCAAAGGCAUGCUGGUUUGCUUAGCAACAUUACUGCAAACUAUUCAAGAUACAAUGAAGUGUUUCACUGUACCUUCCUAAUGUUAAUGGCUUUAUUGUAUCCCAAUAACAUUUUUGUUGAUGUUAAUAAGUGACUCCUCCCUGCUACAACAGCUAAAAUGCAAGGGCAGAAUUUACUGCAAAUGAAUAGUAGUGUGGAAGGCGAAAACCAGUCAUGUUUAAAAGCGCUCUCUACAGAGAAGUAUGCCAUCUCACCAAGUGAAUACAGCUGUAGAACCGGAAGCCAUUACUUAAACCAAAAUGGAAAUCUGGAUGCAUCCCUAGAAAUGGAACUGGUUCAGGAAAAAACUCACAGCAAGAGGGAUGAUGGAACAAUUGAUGAAGGAUCACUGGAGACGCCUCAGGAUGUCAACAUAGUGGAAUCCAGCAAUACUUGGGGUGAUUUUGAAGGUUUCAGUGAAGUCAAGCUGGUGAACUUAAGUAACAUUCCAGAACCUUUGGAGAAGAUAAAUGGAAAGGUGUCACAUACAAACAGUAUGGAUAUCAGUGACACUCCUUCCACUACCUCAUUCAGACAAGUCCUUUCCAAAGCAAUUGGAUAUGAAAAAGAAACAGUUGCUAAAACUACAAUGAAGGUUGUCAUCAGAUAUGAAGAGACUGUUAAACAGAGUUUUCCUGAAAUCCCAGUACCACAAUGCUUGGAUAAAAUAAGUACAUUGAAGCAAGUGCUUCACCCAGAAAGACAAGAUGCAGACAUUCCCGAAUGUACAGAGAAACAAGCUUGCCUUGACUCAGCAAAUUUAUGGAAAACUCUUACUCAGUGCAAUAGCCCUUCUGAUUUAAGAUGCCAUCGAAAUGAAUUUCAUUGUCAAGAAAAUCUUUUAGCUGUGCUUGGAAUCAAUGCUAAUCAAAAGGCUGUUCCAGAAUUUAAGGGCAGCAUUUUGGAAAAAACUAACAGAGAAAAUGAAGAUUCCAGUGUUGACAAAUUCAACCUUAGCACUUGUAAAGCACUAAUUCAAACUAAGCUGUCUGUAUCUCCUGAGCCAAGACAGAAUCAUCUGUUUACUUACAACUUGUUCCUGAAGAAGACUCCGUCCAGUGCAAACAUGCAAUAUAUAACAGUUUCACAAAAAAAGAGAUUUUUUACUGCACAAAGUUUAAGGAUGAAAAUGUUUAGCAGUAAUGUUUGCUAAUGGAAAUGUUUGCCAUUGUAUCACUUUUUUAAACAAAUUUUAAAAAGAAAUGUCUUUGGGGGAAAGUGCGCUUCAUCCAUGUAUUUUAUUUUAUAGAUAUGGGUAUAGUUUGGUCAUGAUGUCACUAAUGGAUAAAUCAUUAAAUGAACAAACUUAGAAGUAUGCUUUCAGAGAUGGCAAAUGUGCUGUGGUCAUUCUUGCUCUUUUGCUGACAUUUUUAAAACUCUUUUAAUUGCGCCCUGUAUUAGAAACAUGUGUUGUACUAUUUGUGUGCCCAAUUACUCUUCCUCUAAACUCUUUUGGACAGAUAUGAUACCUAGAAUACAUAGUGUAUGUUCCUGUCUUUUGGUUAUUUUUGAUUUUUUUUAAUCCACUGCAACUCCACUAGUAAGACUUACCAACUACCGUAUCCUGGCAGGGAGAUGUACUAAUUUGUAUAACCGCCCAUUGUUUACUCUCUUAAGUUUGUAUUUUAUUUCCCUUUUUUUCCAAGAAUUUUUAUAUCUAUCCUUAUAUCUUGAUCUCUCCUCUUGCUGUAAAAAGGUGCGCGGUGAUUCCUGAACCUGUUUAUGUGACCUGAAGAUCCUUCCAUCAUAAUUUUUGUGUUGUUAUGAGAUUGACUAGCUGUACUGUACACCCUAAAAUAGGCAUAAUACACUUAAGCCUGUACAAGAGAGGCUUGUAUGUCCUUCUUGUGACAUACUUGCGAAGAAAGAAAUCUGGAAAUGUUUGGUUUGCGUUGCUGAACUCUACUGUUGUAUAGCAUUAAAAGCAAAUACCUAUUUUGUUAUUCUUGUUUUAAUAUAGUUGAGUAGCAGGCAAACUCAAUGGCUGAAAUCCAUUUAUGAGCAUAUGUGCACAUUGAAAUGAAUUGCUUCUGUUAGCACUGCAGAGUUCACUUUUUGCUAUGUUUUUUCUCAAGCAAUCCUGGGUACCUGCUUUCCUCAUUUCUAUAAAACUAUAUUUCCUAUGUUUCAUAUUGGAAACCUGGCUUUUAAAACUAGCGCUUAUUAAAAAAGUAUCUUAGGUUCUUUUUAUUAAACUUCAGGGAACCAUUUCAUAUUAGUCUGCUGAUUUUGGUAUAGAAAAGUCUGGCAUCGAAGUCUGGCAUCCCUUGUAUUCAAAUUGGUUUGUACUUUUACAUCUUGCUGCUGCAGCUAGAUACUUCAGCAUUUACCUUACUUUAAUAUCCAGGUCAUUUCAAAACUGAGAAAUGGUUACGAAAAUAGAUUUUUCAGUAUGGCCAUUAAUGUAUGUGAAGUCAUAUGCUUAGUUUCUGUUAUCAUGAACAAUCAAGUACUCCAACUUCCCCUUGUUUUAGAGUAACUUCUUUCUUUUGGUUUAAAUUGUUUGCAAUUUAUGUUUCGGAGUUUCUGGUAAAUUUUAUAAAGCCUUUUAGUCCAUACCUAUUGGCUUACUAGUAGCAAAGACUCGCGUGGCUUCUGACUUGCCAGGACAAAUGCUAUCUGGAUGCAGCCUAAUCUAUCCUCUACUAUGUUUACAGUCUGCACAGGUUCUUCUCGGUUAAUGGAGUAAAACCUAUUGAGCACUCUUUUGUGUACUACCAUUCAUUUUUAGAACAAUAGUUUAGUUAAAUUUGCAGCUGUCUUUGUGUAAGACAAGGGUGAGAACCUGUGCUGCUCUAGACAUUCCUGAGCUACAACUCUUGAGUGUCCCUUACUAUCAGUCACAUUGGAAAUGAUUGCAACAUUGGAAGGAUUCUUCAACCCUGCUUGAGUAGCUGUUUAGCUACUAAACAGUUGCGUCAGAGUUAUGCAGACAUGUUUCUACCACUGUCUGAGGGCUUGUAACAUUAAUAAAUCUAAAGUUGACAAAACUAACAAA